AUGGCAAAUCUCAUAUUCUUCUUCCUCAUAAUAAUACUAAUCAGCUUUAUUAAUGCUCCAAUUUGUUCUUCCCUUGAAAACCCUUCUCACUUCAUCAAACAUGGUGUUAUUCAACAAAAAUACUUAGAAAUAAGUCGUCCAUUGCCCUUCGCUAAUCUCACUCCUUCCUGCACUCUUCCCAUUCUCUCUCAUCACUUCGGAGAUACUAUCGGUCUUCCACCUGUCUCCGUCGCUUACGCGCCGCCGGACAAUUGCUCUUGGAACCAUGUAGCUCUUCAAUUCAACGCCUCUUCCAAUGGAAUACAGUAUGACCGUAUCGCCGCCGUUUGGCUUGACGGUGCCGAUAUCUUCCGUACCAGCACCGCGGAGCCUACUGAAAGCGGCGUUUUCUGGACUGUUACUAAGGAUGUUACCAGGUACUCGUCGCUCCUUGCUAAAGAGGAUAUUUCUCUUUCUGUUAUGCUGGAAAAUAUGGUCAACGAUGUUUAUACAGGUGUUUAUUAUGUUAAUGUUACUAUCUUAUACUAUUAUAUUGAGGAAAUGAAUGUUCCGUUAUCAACUAUUAGUACUAAUCGGAAAGUCAGAAUGGUAGAUGAUGUGUUUGUGGAUAAUCCUAUAAGAGGUUCGUUGGGUUUGAAUGAAAAACCAGCAGAUUUGAUUAUUCCGAUUUCGGGUAAUAAUGGAGGUGAAGGAUUUUGGUUCAGAAUUCAAAGCGAUUCGGAAUUGAAGGGGAAGAGUGUUAUCAUACCGAAGAACACCUACAAAGCUGUCAUGGAAAUUUGCGUAUCAUUCCAUGGCUUGGAUGAGUUUUGGUACUCAAAUCCCCCUGAUUCUUACAUAAGGGAAAAUAGUUUGACUAGCCAGAGAGGCCAUGGAUCGUACAGGGAAGUUUUGUUGAAUAUCGACAGGAACUUGGUAGGAUCUGUGGUUCCAUUUCCUGUAAUUUACCCAGGUGGAAUUAAUCCCCUUUACUGGGAUCCAAUUGUUUCAAUUGGGGCUUUUGAUCAUCCUUCUUACGACAUCGAUAUAACUCCAUUUUUGGGGGAUUUACUUGACGGUAAAUCCCAUUUUAUGGGGUUUAAGGUGCUGGAUAGUCUCCCUUUCUGGCUUGUGGAUGCAAAUUUGCACAUUUGGGUAGAUAAACAAUGCACAAGUGAUUGUGAAGUGCAGGGUGAAGUUGUUGACUAUGGAACUCCUGAUUACGAGAUGGAGCGGUCUUCAAGCUUUAAGGGUCUGGAUGGAUCAUAUGAAGUUGAGUUGAAGAGGAAGAGCCAGUAUCACGGGUGGGUGAAUUCAUCAGCAGGCAAUUUGACAACUACAGUUUCACGAGAACUCAAGUUCAAGAAUGAGAUAAAGUUUGAUAACAAGGGAACUGAAAAAAAAGUAGAGCAGAAAGUGGAAGAAGAGAUUGAAAUAAGUGUAGUCUCUGAAACAGGUAUGAAGAUUUCUCAUACAACUAUGAAGAGGGAAUAUCCUCUAACUAUAACCACUAAGACUUCGAAGCCAUCAAGAGAAGAUGGUACAAUCAUUAUGCAUUCUGAAUUAGAAAAUGAAUGGAAUGAGGAGAAGAAGUGGAGUGACAGAGAUUCACAUUCUUGUUCAAGCAGUUUGAAAAAUAGACAAAAAUGCAAAGGGUGUAUGUCUGUUCAAGAUCGCAUUGUUCUACAAAGUGGAGCAACGACUGAACAGAGUUAUUCAUAUAAUGGUGAAGCUAGCACCUAUUCUCGGGAAAUCGCAGCUGUCAAUGGCAAGCUUGUACACGAUACUGCAAACUACGUGAAGUCUUCUUCGGUUUCUGCUAUGUAA